AUGACAUACAACCGCCUCCUUUUCCCCAUCCUCUACACUCAAAUUAAGCAAAUCCACUGGCUGACAAUGCUCUCAGCUUUGGGUGUUGACAACUCGCCAUUCUCCAUCUCCACUUUGGAUGUGGGUUCAAGAGACUGUGGGCACAACGCUGGCUUACUCUCGACUGAACGUACCCUGCUUCAUAGUUCACUGUCGAAUAGACGAAAUCUUGGUCCAAAUCGCCACAUAAACCAGAACGAACUCUUCAUCUGA